AUGGAGCGGGUGUUGGGUGUUCUCCAGGACUCAACAAUUGCCUUGAAGGGUGGCAAGGAUGACCGCUCUCGUUUCUGGGGAGUAUACAAAAGGAUAGCGGAGGAACACAACGGCGAAUUCCUUGAGCAAUACAAUGGCAACAUGGAUAUCGUGUUGGUCUUCUCCAGUCUUUUCUCUGCUGUUAGCACAGCUUUUAUCAUAUCUAUGGAGUAUAAGCUCAGUGCUGACCCCAGCAACACCACCAAUGCCCUUCUCACGCAGCUGGUCCAAAUUGAACUUAGCAACAUCGCUGAAGCAGGCUCUACCCCCGCAGUGCCAGCAUCUACGUUUUCACUGACAAUGUCGGAUAUAAGAAUCCAAAUGGUCGCAUAUGCAAGCUUGUCCAUGAGUUUGCUCACUGCGUUCGGGGCCGUACUAGGCAAGCAGUGGCUUGGGUACUACAAGUCAAACAGAUACAGCCGCGGGUCGCAGGAGGAACGAGGGAAGCACAGACAAGAGAAGUUUGACGGCAUCAUCACAUGGUACUUUGAUGCUGUCGUGUAA